CCGCCGCCGCCGCCGCCGCCGCCGCCCCGGGUCAUGGUGCUGGGCCGCGGACUGCUCGGCCUCCGGAGCGUCUCCGCACUGGGAGCCGCCUGCGUCCGCCGCGGCCUGGGUCGUGACAUCAGGACGCCAGGGCUCCUGUGCCGUGUCAGCCUGGUGCGGCCUCCUGUGGACGCUGACCGGGGCUGCCCUUUGUCUUCAGGUCCGGCCCUGCUGGGCGUCCUUCUCCAUCACACGGACUGUAGGAAGAGCUCCACCAUGGACCAGGGAACCCUGAGGGUCGAGUUGCUGCCCGCGCUGACCGACAACUACAUGUACCUGAUCAUCGACGGCGAGACCAAGGAGGCCGCCAUCGUGGACCCGGUGCAGCCUCAGAAGGUCAUAGAAACGGUGAGAAAGCACGGCGUGAAGCUGACCACAGUGCUCACCACCCACCACCACUGGGACCACGCUGGUGGGAACGAGAAGCUGGGCAAGUUGGAGCCUGGGUUGAAGGUGUGUGGGGGCGACGACCGGAUCGGGGCACUGACUCACAAGGUCACGCAUCUGUCCACGCUGCAGGUGGGGUCUCUCAACGUCAAGUGCCUGUCGACACCGUGCCACACUUCCGGCCACAUCUGCUACUUCGUGAGCAAGCCCGGGAGCUCUGAGCCUCCUGCUGUGUUCACAGGCGACACCUUGUUCGUGGCUGGCUGUGGGAAGUUCUACGAAGGGACAGCGGACGAGAUGUACAAAGCCCUGCUUGAGAUCCUGGGCCGGCUCCCUCCAGACACGAGAGUGUACUGCGGCCACGAAUAUACCAUCAACAACCUCAAGUUCGCGCGCCACGUGGAGCCCAACAAUACUGCCAUUCAGGAGAAACUGGCCUGGGCCAAGGAGGUGGAGAAGGAAUUCUCAGGAGGAGUGAAUACUGGAGGAAGCAGGGAAUAUUCUAAAACACCCAGCUUGUUUUCACCAGAAGGGGAGGAUCAGAGGAGAAGUACGGUAUCGGGGAGCCCACAGUGCCGUCCACCAUCGCGGAGGAGUUCACCUACAACCCGUUCAUGAGAGUGAGCCUGGCCUUCGGCUUCCGCAGGGAGAAGACGGUGCAGCAGCAUGCUGGCGAGACGGACCCGGUGACCACCAUGCGGGCCAUCCGCAAAGAGAAGGACCAUUUCAAGGUGCCCCGGGACUGAGGUGGCCGUAGGGCCUGGGGCGCCCGUGGCCGCUGCCGCCUUCAAGCACAUUUUGGGUGUUGAGAUGUUUUAGGUGAAUUUCCUGCCAGGAGUGCAGGAAAUUCAAUCUUGGCUUAAUUUUAAAUUAAUUUCAGAGCCCUUUGCCCGUGUUAUCAGAUGUUCUAAUGCAUAUUUAUAAGAGAAGUCUAGAAAAUGUAUUAUUCCCCGA